GUCCAGGUAUUUCAUACAUUUUCUGUCCCUGGAAGUUCAGGUAUUUCAUGUGUUCCAGCUCAAGCACACCUGGUGCAACUAAUGAAGCACUUGAUUACUUGCAUCAGGUGUGCUUGAGACAACACUUGUUUUGCAUAUUUGUGCUGUUGUGAGGGAUUCUAUUCAUGGGACUGGCGCGGAAGAGCCAUCAGAUUGUGUGCCCCAUAGUACGUACGGAUUGUAUUCAUGCUUACCACUUAUACUGAUUAGUACGCAAUGUAUCAACGGCCGAGCAGUAGGUACUGAAUUGAAUGCAGCAGGUCCUGAAUUGAAUGCAGUAUGUACUGAAUUGAACACAAUAGGUACUGAAUUGAAUGCAGUAGGUACUGAAUUGAAUGCAGUAGGUACUGAAUUUAAUGCAGAAGGUACUGAAUUGAAUGCAGCAGGUCCUGAAUUGAACGCAGCAGGUACUGCAUUGAAAGCAGUAGGUCCUGAAUUGAACGCAGUAGGUCCUGAAUUUAAUGAAGCAGGUCCUGAAUUGAACGCAGUAGGUACUGUUAUAGUAUGCGAUUUAAGACGCAGCCUUUGCGUCUGCAUUUGCGUCACAACCUGAAGCAGUGUCUCAAUCGAAGUGGGCGGAGACUACAAACUAAAUAUUUCCAGAAUGUAAUCUGGACAACACAGCAGUUUCUUUUCCCUUGUACAACGUCAGCUACUUCAGUAUACUUAGAAAAAUGUAAACAUUUCCGAAACUAACGAGUUUGUUUUUCAUAUAAACAUUUCGUGUCGCGUUGAAAACAAGACUGGCCUGCUUUAAAAAUAAAUAAAUAAAUUAUUGUUGUUUCUUUUUGUUUUUUUUUAAAUCCUCCCUCCCGCCUGACAGACCUUCUCACAUGUCUGCGUGUCCCACAACAUCAACUCAGUUGAUCAUGGCGCUUGGACGCGGCGGGGUCUCGGUGCUCUGGCUUUUCCCUUGUUUUCCUUAAACUAUUCCAAACACAAGCUCUCCGACUCGGAUCAACAAAUACAGCAGUGAAGUAGACCCACUUAUUUCUGACCUCAGGACCCCGGAUGUGAACAUGUAAACGUCUGGUUCGACUCCAGGAUCGAGAUUUCAGGCUCGUUUUUCCUUUUCCUUUUCCCAAGUUUCCCAGUUUUAACUCGGAAAGCGACUGUUCCUGGAAGAGGAAGAAGAGGAGGAGGGAAGGAGAAGAAGGACAGAAGGAGAGGCCGUGUUUAAGUGCCUGGUAAUAACGCAACAAUGGUCGUGGUAUGGGAGUGACAUGAGAGCUGAGGUGAACCUCGACACUCUCGCACCAAAAAAUGUGUCUGUCUCAUCCGAGAGGCCAGUUGGAGUGAACAAUGGACGAAUCGGCCCUGCUGGAUCUGCUUGAGUGCCCGGUGUGCCUAGAACGGCUGGACGCCACCGCCAAGGUCCUGCCGUGCCAGCAUACGUUCUGCCGCCGCUGCCUGCUCGGCAUCGUGGGAUCGCGUGGCGAGCUGCGAUGCCCUGAAUGUCGCACGCUCGUGGAGAGCGGCGUGGACGAGUUGCCCAGCAACAUCCUCCUCGUGCGCUUGCUCGACGGCAUCAAGCAACGACCCUGGCGAGCAGGCACGGGUUGUACCAAUGGCUUGGCUGGCGGGGGGGUUAGAGAGCAUGCAAACCCAGGAGCGCAGCCCCAAAGAGCUCAGACCAAAAGCACUGCGGUCAGGGGAGUCCCCCAGCUUCCCUGUGCCAAGGCCUUGUACAACUACGAUGGCAAGGAACCCGGCGACCUCAAGUUCAGCAAGGGCGACAUCAUCAUCCUGCGCCGGCAGGUGGACGAGAACUGGUACCACGGCGAAGUGGGCGGCGUGCACGGCUUCUUCCCGGCCAGCUUCGUGCAGGUGAUCAAGCCACUCCCACAGCCGCCGCCACAGUGCAAGGCCCUGUACGACUUUGAGCUGAAGGACAAGGAGGCUGACAAGGACUGCCUUCCCUUCUCAAAGGACGACAUUCUGACAGUUAUUCGACGAGUGGACCAGAACUGGGCUGAGGGAAUGCUGGGAGAUAAAAUCGGCAUCUUCCCCAUAUCCUACGUUGAGUUUAACUCGGCUGCACGGCAGCUCAUCGAGCUCGACAAGGUGCCAGACGACUCUGCCGAGGGUACUUCCUCCUCCUCUUCCUCUUCCUCCUCCUCCUCAGGCCCCCAAGCCAACGGCUCACAAAAAGCGACAGGGGAGAAAAAGAACAGCAAGAAGCGCCACUCGUUCACCUCACUGACCAUGUCCCAUAAACCGUGCCUAGCCCCGCCGCCGCAGCGCCACUCCAUGGAGAUCAGCGGGCCCGUGCUCAUCAGCUCCUCGAACCCUACAGCGGCCGCACGCAUCGGAGAGCUCAGCGGGGGUUUGUCCUCCAGCGCCCCCUCCCAGGUUCACAUUUGCACAACCGGCCUCAUCGUCACUCCACCUCCGAGCAGUCCUGUAACAACGGCGACGGUCUUCACUUUUCCUCCGGAGACCAGCUAUGCCUCCAUCCCAGUGGACACGUUGCCUCCUCCUCCACCUCCUCCCCCACAAUCUUCUUCUAUGGGCGCUGCGUCAUCGUUGGCCGCAGGGCAGAGGCCGUCCCCGACUGCAAGCGACCAGAGCGGACGCCAGAGACCGACUGUGUACGUUGCGAUGUUCCCAUAUACACCGCGUAAGGAGGAUGAGCUGGAGCUGAGAAAGGGCGAGAUGUUCCUGGUGCUGGAGCGCUGUCAGGACGGCUGGUUUAAAGGAACGUCCAUGCACACUGGCAAGAUCGGAGUUUUUCCCGGCAACUACAUGAGUCCUGUCAGCAGAACGGUGGCGAGUAACAGUCAGCCCAAAGUGCCGUUAGGAAUGUGCUCGCAGGCUGGACGCGGCGUCACCAUAGUUAGCUCCUCGUCCUCUCCGAUCGGAGCUGCCCUGGGUGGCGUUGACCCCAACAAGCCCCUUCCUAUUUGCACAGGUCCAGCCCCUUCAAGCCCCAUUCCGGCAGCUGUAGUGACAGCAGCUCACAUGCCUCCUGGUCAACAUCCCAAAGUGCUCAUGCAUGUGACGUCACAGAUGAUGGUGAACCAGGCACGUAACGCUGUGAGGACCGCGGUGUGCCACAAUCAGGACCGCCCCACUGCAGCCGUAACGCCCAUCCAAUCCCAGAAUGCCAUGGCUUUCCUGCCUCACCUGGCUGUCUGUCCGCAGCCAUCACCUGGCAGCGUCUCCUCCUCGAACCCUACGUCAAGCAGAAUGGGAGUGUCUAUGGGCUGCGCCGCCGCCUCACUUACCCCACCCAACAUCAGUGCUGCUUCUUUGGAGGUCGAUGGCAUGAGACCCGUCGCCAUGGUGUCGCUCCCGGUCGCUCCUGGUAACGCCAAGCCUCUCGGUGCAACCGCAGCGAAUCAGGCUCCUGCUUGUAAACUAGACAAGGACUGCAAGAGAGAGAAGAAAGGCCUGUUGAAGCUGUUGUCAAAUAAAAAGAAACUCCGCCUUUCUCCCCCAUCUUCCCCGACUCUGGAGGCGGAGCAAGCCGUUGCCACGGCAGACAUGCCGCAAGGAGCCAUGGCACCUGAAAUGCCCGUGCCCAACCCAACAGCGGUGGCCAGUGGAAACCACUGUCGGACCGGGGCUUGUCCUUUGGAAGCUGAGACACCUGCACCUUCAUCAUCAUCAUCAUCAUCAUCAUCAAAUGUUGAUGCUGCACGCAGGAGUGGCUGUCAGGAAAACUCCGCCCCCAUUGCACCGCCACCACGGCAACCGUGCUCCUCUCUCCUGUCCAUGCAGCAUGAUGGACGGCCAAUAGUGUGCGAGAGGUACCGCGUGGUGGUGUCUUACCCUCCACAGAGCGAGGCUGAGCUGGAGCUGAAGGAAGGCGACAUCGUGUUUGUGCACAAGAAGCGCGAGGACGGCUGGUUCAAAGGCACGCUCCAGAGGAACGGCCGAACGGGCCUCUUUCCCGGCAGCUUCGUCGACAGCAUCUGACUCAAACACAUGCUUGCUAUCAAGAAAAAUUACGCCAAGCUGUGAUGAGGUUAGCAGCUGCAGUUGCCUGGAAAGCUCCUGGCAAUGACUGACGGAACGAGUGAGGAUCAGCAGUGUAUACACGAGGGUGGAUCUAAGCACAAAUAAACCCAAUUUUUUUUUUUUAAACACAUCCUGGAUGCCAUGAGGCUGUCACAGUCUCUUGGAGCAGAACACACACUUGCAGUUUUACAAAAAAAAAAAAAAAAGCGCACAUAUCUCAAGCACAUGUAUAAAACAGACAGCAUGAGAGAACGCUCACUUGACUCGGAGCUCGUCAUGUGAUAAUCCGUUAAUUUAUGUUCCUAUAUUUCCGAACGAUUUUAAAUGCGUGCCUUGUACGGCAUCACUUUAUUGUAUAUAAGCAAACAGAGCUUAUCUAUGAAUGAACUGAGCAAAGCUGGAAAAUAUUAAUUUUAUUAUACUCAUUUAAAACAAACAAAAAAAAAUGGUAGUUUUGGUUGUAGGGUAAUGAUGGAUGAUUUAAUGUGAACUAUGAUUGGCUGCCCCUGAUGUGUUGCUGAUUUGCGUCGCUUGGUCACCGAUAGAUGGAGUCGUAGAUUACGCAUUGCUUCAACAGAAUGGAUGUUGGUCACUGCCCAGUUAAACUACUGUUGAUCAUCCUGAAGAUAGAGUUGACCUUUAAUUUACUACUGAUUAAAAAAAAAAAAAAAAAACAAUAUUCAAAUUCAAUCCAGUGCAUAUAAACACACACAAAGGAAUUGAGAUUACAUGUAUGGAUGGGUUCGUGAAUUCAUGAGCAAAAACCCAGGUGUUUGAAUGGAUUUGCAAGCGUCGACGUUGCGAUGGCUCAUGCACAAUGAAUCGUAGUGAACAUGACCCAGUAUUGAGUAAGGAGUGGGGAUGUAGUGAAUCUGCUGUAGAUUUUAUUCAGUAACGGGGUUUAGACGUAGUACGGUUAAUGCUUCUGAUAUAACUUUUUUUGAUAUUUAAAAAAAAAAGAAAAUACACUCCAUAGAAAGCAUCUGAACGGUGGUGGCGUAGACGUUUAACUCAAAUUGUACUAAUUAUAUUUCUAUGUAUUAAAGUAUGAUAGCUGCUGGCUCCCUUUGUGUUUUUUUUUAUUUUUAUUUUUUUAUAUGAGAGUACGACUGACAGCUGAGUGAUGGAUCACUGAAGCCCACUUAUACUUUUACUCUUGUGUUGUCUUGUGUUGUACGUGUGUGUGUGUAUUCCCGAUUUACAGCUAAUUUUAGUCUAUUGCACUACGCCCAACAGAGGACGGAUUGACCUUUUUGAUCAAGGUUGCAUCAAAUGAGCGCUGCUUGAUGGCUCAGAGGCCUCGAGUCCAGCGUCCCAGUGAGGUCACUUCAGUGUUCUUCAUUUUGGUCGUGUUUGCCUCACAGUUUCGUCUCUAAUGACCAUUUCAGUCAAGCAGGUCAUUUUAAACGCCUCCAUAAGUUUGUGGUGUAAUCUUAGAGCUGUUGUGUAACUCGCGUGAGGUGUUUGAUUGACUGAUCGUGAGGACGUUACGAAACACAAAGAUUAUACCACAAAUCCAUGGCUUAUUACUGUUAUUACAGGUUCUAAGCUGUGUCUUUUGUCAUCCCUGGCAUGCACAAGCAUGACUUGUCUUGGUUUUUUUCCCUCUAAACAUACCCUUCUGCACGUGAACCUUCUAUAAUAAAUAAUGACUGAUGUACUUAAAGACUCACUUGAACCCCAGAAUUAGCUGAUGAUGUUCUUUUUCCAGAUGACUCAUUGACAUUUACUGUUUGUCUUUUUUUUUUUUAACAUUCAUGUCAUGAUCCAAAUCAAGACGUCUUAUUCUCGUGACCAAACCCAUAUGCAGUUAGAAUUUGUCCCUUCCCUAGUUUCUGGACACAUUUCUACCUGAUCCAGUGUUGGAUUGAGAACUGUAGAUCUUAUUGAUUCUGGUUAGAAGUUACAGUGAUUGAAAAACACUGUUUACAAGUGUGUGCUGGUGUAGGAGGACCUCAAUUAGCUAACUAGCUGGUGUAUAGUGUCUGUUUUAAAAAAAAAUAUUUUUAUUUUGGGUACACUCUUACAGGAAGCUCAAGUGCCUGUUCUGUGUUGUCGAGUUCACCCGAGAUCAUCCUGUCCAUAUUUUGCACAAAAUCAAGGCAAAAAGAAAACAACUGAGAUUCAGGCAGAAGCUGACACACUAGUUCACUCCAUAUCAUCUUGAUUUCUUCAUUCAUACACCCUUUUGUUCUUUUCUUUUGUUUUUUUUUUAAAUCUAUAUAGCUGUCUAGCCAUUUCCUCAUUGUGCUAGACCAAAUGAUUUUCAUGCCUUGUUAUAGAGACACAGUACUAAACCUGACUUGAACACCUACUGUCUUUGCAUUAUUUUUUUGUUCCUGGGUUUAGUACAUGCUCGACUGUACGUAUGUCUGCUAGUGGUGAAGUUGAUCUCCUCAUAUUCAGUACUAAAUCAUUGGACGAAAUAGUCAUUUUUGUAAUGUGCUUAACUGUAAUAAAAGAUUUUGAUUUCCAAA